AUGGUCAGCUGGGUAAUUUUCCCGAUGUUUUUGGUUACUGUUCACUUGGCCAAAAUUGUCCGGAGCCACACACAUUCCUGUCCACAAGUAUCUAAUAUCCCUGUCCAGUCUGGGUUUGAUUUUAAUAGGUUUGCGGGAGGACACAAAUGGAACCUUGUCUUGUACAACAAAAUCAUGCCUAUAGAGGGAUUGGAGAUGCCGGUAGACAAAUCUGAUGUUGCCUUUCUCUUUUCCAGGAAUGCUAGUGAUGCACAGGUUGUCAGUAUUGAGGGGAGAGUAAGCUUGGCACCAUCACUAGCUUUCUGUCUGGACAUUACGGGGGCGAUCAACAAUCCACCUGAACAUCCAGCCAAACUCCGACAAACUUACUAUAAUCCAAUCACAAAAAAGAUGUUCAGCUUUAAUUUUUGGAUAUUACAUACGGAUUACAAGAAUUUGGCUGUAGUUUAUGACUGUGAAAAGACCAUGACGGACGGAACAUGCAGUCCUGGAAAUAUUUAUCUUUGGACUUUAUCCAGGGGAACUAAUCAUACGGUUGUAGAGAAGGCAAAAAUCAAAGAAUUAGGGGAUACGGUGUGCAUGGACGUGUCUAGUCUCCGUCAAGUGAAACACAAUUCUACAUGCCCAACAGCUUAA